CUCCAUGUAACACGUGCUCUUCGUGUUCACCGUUCUAUUUCUUUAUAAUGAAAUUUCAAGGAAUUAUUGCAAGUAUAAAAGCAGCUAAGAAGAGAGAAAUACCGCGGUAAUUUGCAACAGAUUUAGUAAUGCUCUCUUCCAGGGUUCUACAAAGAAUCACUAGAGCUCCUUCUCAGCCAAGUUUUGCCAUCAGAACAAUGGCAUAUGGCUACAGUAGGACAAAGAAGAAACUGCCUGUUAACACAGUCAUUAAAUUUGUUCCCCAACAAGAGGCUUGGGUAAUUGAGAGAUUUGGUAAAUUUAACAGAAUCUUAGAACCAGGCCUCGCCAUUCUCCUUCCAGUUAUUGAUGAUAUUAAAUAUGUGCAGAGUCUGAAGGAAAUAGCAAUUGAAAUUCCUUCACAGUCUGCUAUCACACUUGAUAACGUCACCCUUCAUCUGGAUGGUGUGUUAUACCUGCGUGUGGUUGAUCCCUUCAAGGCUUCUUAUGGAGUAGAAGACCCAGAGUAUGCCGUGACGCAGUUGGCACAGACUACCAUGAGGUCUGAGUUGGGUAAAAUAAGUUUAGAUCAUGUAUUUCAAGAACGAGAAAGACUGAAUCACAAUAUAGUGGAGGCAAUCAACCAUGCUGCUGAAGUUUGGGGAAUAAGGUGCCUGAGAUACGAAAUCCGGGAUAUUCAGCUUCCGAACACUGUAGUUGAGGCUAUGCAGAUGCAGGUGGAAGCUGAGAGGAUGAAACGUGCGGCAGUGUUGAAAUCAGAAGGUGAAAGAGAAGCCGCCAUCAAUGUUGCAGAAGGAAAGAAACAAAGUCAGAUUUUAGCAUCUGAAGCAAGGAAGAUGGAACAAAUAAACAUUGCUACUGGUGAAGCGAAUGCAAUUGUUGCAAAGGCAACAGCUCGCGCGGAAGGAAUCGAAAAAGUCUCUUUGGCUCUUCAACAGCAGUUAGGUGAGAGAGCAGCAACGCUCAAUGUCGCUGAACAGUACGUGAACGCAUUCUCUAAUCUGGCCAAGACAAACAACACGGUGGUGUUACCAGCUAAUGUGGGAGACGCGGGUUCCAUGGUGGCGCAGGCUUUGGCGGUCUAUGGCCAAAUCUCAGGGAAGCCAAAGAAUGACCCCCCACCCUCUUCCGGUGGGUUAACCGAUUCUUCAACGGAGAGUGCGGGCGCGAGCGGCGACCAAACGCAGGAGGGAGGAGACGGGGACACGCAAAAUGACAAAUUGUCUGCUUCUGCCGGAAGAGAUUUUCGGCAGGUCGAGGGUUCUUCAGCGGAUUCACACAUGAGAUGGAACCCAGUCUCUUCUAGAACACACUUCACCGCGGCUUCGUCACCAACUCGCGCUCGGGACUUUUCGUGAAUAUCCAGCGGCGUUCACGCAAUUUCAUCAAAAAAUUAAGAGUGAAAACAGAACUGCCAUGAACCCGUGCACGCUGACUAAAUGUGCAGCAUUUUUAAGCAAAUUAUAAGCGCGAGCUAAAUAAAGAUCUUCAAUUAAAUCGAAGGACGUUCAUUAGAAAUAAACAAAGAAAUGUUUGGGGGUAGAAUACACCUUUUGGCAAGACCGUGACUUAAUUCCUCUGGAGAUGAUAGCAUGUCGUUAUCCAAACAAAUGAGCUUACAAGGUCACUGGGCUAGAGAGUUUCGUGACGACGCUUGAGCACCCGAGUCUUCGACUGAGAGUCAAGAGUAAUCUUGGGUUGUGUAGGUAAAACCGAUAAAACUUAGACGCUCGCGAUAUCACGCAACUCACACCACUUUCAUUAUUUCAUAAGCUUCUUUUGAUGUCUUUCCUUGUUGCUUUAAAGAGUUUCGGGAGGAAGAAACUCAAUGGAAAUCGUUGAAGACCUGCAAAGUGCUUAAUAAACUUAGUGGAAAUUUUGGUUUAA